GCCAAGAUGUAUACGAGGAACAGACAAAGCCAAGGCUAUGCCAAUGCAAGGAACCAAAAUAAUCCAAAUAUAGGAUACCAAGGUCAAAACACUGAACUAGUAGCUAUACAACAAUACCGAGGAGGUCUAUUCAGCCAGGGGCUAGUUCGUCGGUUACCCACAUAGCAUAACCGUCCAUAGGCCAUAUUUUUUAUAUCAUACUGAACUGAUAUUUACACAACACAAAUUAUUUCUUUUGUUUCAGGAAGUUAUAUUUCAAACAUAAAAUGCAUAGCAAAAGAUUAUCAAAAUAUACUAAUAUUUAUAAGUUUAGCAUGUUAUAAUUAUUAAAAGCACAUAUAGUUUAGUAUUUUGUACUCAUCAUUAAUUAAAAAAUACUUCAUAUUGCUUUUUUUACUAUUUUUAAACCAUUUAAUUAUUAGUAUUCUUCUAAACAUACAUAAACUACUUUUGUAUCUUUUACUCAUAAUUAGAAGGUUUUGUAAACUCAGUUCAGUUAUGAAGAAAUAUUGGUCAAGAAAGUAAUUUGGUUGGUAUGAGUUAUGGGGGUAGCAUUAGACUGCUUCCGAGUACAUAUACGAUGCUAGACCUUGGUGGGAUAGCACAACCAUAGAGGUUCCUUGUGUAGCGGCGACCCACCCUAUGUUUUACAGUACAAUCAACCAGGAGGUUUCCAGGGAACUCCACCAGCAAACCCAUCAAGCAAUUUCAAGCAAGGAAGCGUACAAAAUGUGCAAGCAUUUAAACAACAACCACCACCACAAAUGCAACAAGCAGUAUCAAGAAAUCUACAGCAAGUAAAACCACCACAACUACAGCAACAAUCAUCGCCGCAAAUUAAGCCACCACAACAACCUAUUGCAAAUUCUCCUCAAAUUCAACCUCAACCACAAUCUCAACCCCCUCCUCAGUCUCAAUCACAACUUCAACCACCAUCUCAACCUCAACCUCCGCCUCAACGAUUGAAACCAAUUUUGAAACAGCCUUCCCAGCCUGUACAACAACAAAGCUCAAUAACAACACAAAAUAAUCCUGUUUCAUCUUCUCAACCAUCAGUUCCUACUCCAGCAUCUCCUUUAACAACUAAUACUAAUCCCACACCACCAGUAAAUAAUAACAGUUCUGAAUUAAAAACUGAAAAUCAAGUGCCUGAAAAUACAGAUGUUGAAAUGCAAGAGCAACUCCCAAGAUGGAGACGUAAAGCACCUGGGUUUAGGGUAAGUAAAAAGUUGAAGCGACUUCGUCUGAACCAGCGGUUAAGGAAAACAUUACAACCAAAGAAUGCAAUCAUGGUACUGAAUGAAAUGAAAGCAGGAGUGCAGUUCACAUUUCCUGAAACUCAAGGACCUAUGCCAAACUCGCUGUACCUUGUUCAUGCAGAGCUGGAUGGAAAAACCUAUGUUGGACAAGGACUGUCUAAACCUCUUGCCCGUCAAAAUGCCGCUGAAAAUGCUCUGAAGGCUUUGUUACUUGAAAAAAUGACUGCAGCAUCUCUAAAAGCACGGAUUGAUGCUGAAUCAGAUGGACAAUCAAAUCAGUCCACAGAUUCAUUUAAUACAUCCAAGGAUGACAAUACUGAAGAUGGUGGAACAUCAAUGGAUACCACUAUUGAUGAAAGUAAUGAAAUUCCAUGGAGUUCAUUGGCUAGCUUUGCAUUAUAUAAACUUUUCCUUGAAUGGCAUAAUCAGGGAACAUCUGUUCCGGUUCCAAGACCAGGAUUGCCAUCACCUGUUAAAGGAAUCAAAAGAGAGAUUUCUCAAGUUCCAAAAACUCCAGUCCAAAAAGAACUUCCACCAAAUGCAACAAACAUACAUCCUGUAAUGUUAUUAAAUCAAAUGAGACCAGGUUUAACAUAUGUAGAAUUAAAUCGGGCUAGUAAUCCACCUAAUACAAUGUUCACUCUUGCUGUAGAUAUUGAUGGUGUGGAAUAUACAGGAACAGCUAAAAAUAAGAAAGAUGCCAAGAAAAUUGCAGCAAAAUCUGCACUCUUAGCAUUGUAUGGUUUAAGCUAUCCAGAUGAGACCAUACCAAUACCCCAAGAGCAACAAAUGGCUUAAGAAAGAAUGACAUAUGGAUAUAAUUGAUUUUUAUCAUUUCGAUUGACCUUAAUUUCAGUUUGACUGUUCGAGUUUAUAAAUUAUAUAAAUUACUACGAAUUGUAGUAAAGAAUCUAAAAUUUUAAUUAUUGUAAUAAUAACUACAACUUAUGAAAACUUUACAGAAGUAUUUUUUUCAAUAAAAUUUCACAUUACAGUAUAAAUAAUUUAGCAAACGUACUAUAUUAAAGUGAUUGACGUAUUUCUUUUAUUAAUGAAGUUAUAUAUUUUUAUAUGUGUUUAAUUGUAUUUUACGAUAAAUUAACACCUUAGUAUGAAUCAUGUUUAAAAAAUAUAUAAAUAAUUCAUUAUUAUUCUUA